GAUCGCUGUCGUCACCGAGCCCGUAGUCGAAAGCGAGCCUGGCAGCGCAGAGAAGGUUGACUCCAGAGCCUGGAGCAUGCAGAAAGACAUCGAGCGGCUCAUUAAUGAUACAUUGUCCUUCAUCGGUCCUCUUGACAUCAAGAACCGUCGUAGCACAAAGGAGGGCUUGACGGUCAAGCAAUAUUUGCAAGUGGCGCUGGAGGAUAACGCGUUGAAGGCUGGCCGCAAUGGCAAGCGGCAGUACUUGACAGAGGAGUUUGGGACCGAGAUUUUCAAGUAGUCCAAAUUCAAGAGGCUGGUUUCCAUGGAAUUCGCUCCCCUGAUCAAUCUAAUAUCUCCUUGGACAACAGUUAUUGGGAAGCGAUGGGCGUGGCCAACUCCUAGAACCCUAGGGUUCAGAGCGUGGAGCCUUGGUGCGAUGUCGUGAACAAUUUGAAGGACAUCGACGAGGACAGCUUGAUUGCCUUGCUUCAUGCGUCCACCAACUCCCGAGUGGUCACGAUGAAGAUGCCCCGCAAUAUGCAGCUCUCCCGAGCGGGCAUGUGUGGCCGGUUGCAAGUGCCCACCCGUUUCCCUGCAGUUUGGCAGGUUGUUUGUGGCAAGCUCGACUCUGUCUUGAUUUGGCAUUGGCAACAAAAGGCGAGCCAAGACAUGUUCAUCGAUCAGAGAAUCUGGGCACAGACCCACCACCACGCGGUGAAGGCCUUCAUUGCGGAGGCCGAUUUCGACAAGUCCCACGAUUGCGCUGACGCGGAAGAGCACUGCCCAGGGCCAGCCUUGCAUAGGGCACUCCAGUCGAGCUUGGGCCAGGCCAUGUUCUACGACGAGGCGAAGCAGCUCCAGAUCAACGCCUUCAUUGAGCGAUGCCACCAGCGCGCUGGUGACCUCGUCCAUUCGGGCUUCACCGACGAGAACAUUGAGGGCUACCGCGCAGCAGCGGACGUGGAUAUCGCGGAAUUGGUGAGGAGCGGCCACAAGAUGUACAGGCGCGGCAAGGCAGAGGAACGCAUUAUACUUCUCUUGAAUGCGCCAGUGGAGGUGUACCCGCGCUCGCUGAACGACAUCAAGGGCUGGAUUAUCCGUGCCCUUGCUUGCUCACUUGCCGUCUCGAAUAGCCAGUUACCGCGGCUCCCGUGGGAGCGCGUCUCGUGGGGAGACGAGGCGCUGCCGCAGUUAGGGGCUACCGAGAAGGUGCCCGACAAUUUGAUCUUCCAUGCUCGCAAUUCCAGAGACUUGAUGGGGCGCAUUGCUGGAGAGUGGGGCCCUGGCCGGACUUUGGCAAAGAUGCAGGAGGACAUGAACAACCAAAAGGACAUCUAGGAGACAGAACGGGUUGCGUGCUUAGAUGUCGCAUUCGUUGUGCACAAGGUCCACGGAGUCGCCGACGCUUGGGGGCAGGGGCAGGUCAUCCAGGCCCUGGCGUCGACGGCGUCUCCGAUCGGGGCUGCUUCUGCUGAGGACGUGCUCAAGUGCUUGAAGGAGGUGAGAAAGCUGAGGGGUGAUCGUCGCUUCUCGUGCCUCCCGAGCGGCGUCUCCGAUGACAUCCACGCGAUCGAGUCCCUGAUAUCUGCCAUGAUGGACGGAAUCGCUUCGGGGGCCAGAUUGACGACGUCGGGCACCACCAUGGACACCAUGGCAUCGCGUUUGAAGUGCAGCGUGCCAGCGCCCAAGAAGAAGGACAAGCUCAACUCUGUCAAGACGACGCUCGUGGGUUCCGAAGCUGCCAAACACAUCUUCAAGCGGGUGGAGGACGAGAGCCCCGAGAAGCGCCAGGAGUCCUGAUUUAGCUAUGCUCCGCAACUUCAGCUGGUUGCUCGGGCCCCACUUGCGCGAUAAAACAAACGUGUAUCGGUGUGGUGAUCCGGCAGGCCCGAGCUUCCGUCGUCGCCGUUGGCAUGAUCAAAGACGGUCCCGCCGCUGACGCGUCGGGGUUCUUCGCUGCGUCGAGCGGCAGCGCUGGCCGCCCGAAAGGGGCGGCCUCUGCGAUCGCAGCGAAGAGUAGCCUGCCGGCGGGGCCGCCGGCCAAGAAGGCCAAGACGAGCGAUGAGCGAGGGCCGCCAUGAGGGAGAAUAUGAUGAAUAUGUGCAUGGGCGUGGCGUGAGGUCAGCCUCUUCGACGUGGAGCCGCGCCUGCCUCGUCUGGCGCCCGCGCUGGGGCAGCCAGUCCACGGGGUCGGACUGCGCCCGCUGCGAUGCGAGACAGCGAACGCCUGCCAGGCGGUUGCGCAGGGGCUUCUCGAGCCUGGAGCUUAGCGCGAGACGGAUGUCUGGAUCGCGCGCCCGUUGCGCAUCGGGCAGCAACGCGCGUUGGAG